AAGGCAUGCACAAAUUUGUCAAAAACAGUUGUUUUAUAACAAUUUUUGACGAGUUUUAUAUUUUAAAGAUACUAUAUUGCGCUUUACCGAGGUUAUUUUAUGCACAUAAUGCGCCCCUAAGCCUUAUUUCCCAGAAUUCCAUGCUUUGUUUACAAACGUCAAAUCAGUCCAUGUAAUGAUGCUUCGGUAGUUCUUUUGCUACAGAGUCUUUGUCCGUAUGCGGAAGAAGUGAGGUUGUGAGGCAGCGGUGUGCGCUGUAAUCAGUGUGUUCCUGGAGCAUGCACUCGAUUGUGGAGGUUAAAGGCAUAAAAUCUGGAUAUCGUUGUGGAUAUUGUAACAACGUAUUGGGGAAAGUGUCUUAUGGUAUGUGGGCCCAUUCAUUGACAGUCCAGGACUACCAAGACCUCAUUGACAGAGGAUGGAGACGAAGUGGCAAGUAUGUUUACAAGCCUUUCAUGAGCAAGACCUGCUGUCCACAGUACACUAUCAGGUGCCAUGCCUUAAACUUUCAUCCUUCAAAGACGCACAAGAAGGUCUUAAAGAAGAUGACAAAGUUCCUGUCGAAAGGGGAGAAGCCAGCUGCCCAUGAUGCCGGCUGCGAUGGUUUGUUUGACAUCCCUAGCUUCCUAAAGCCUCUCAUUUCGUCUCUUCAGCGGACAGCGGCUAUAGCUGCUGGAGUAUCCCAGACGUUUUUCUCAGGUGAGCAGAUGGACUCCAUUUUUGAAGAGGUAGUGGAAGUUCCUCUGGUGGCGCCUGUGAAAAUCAUGCACACUCAGGUGGAGAAUCCCAUCAUUUCCAGCACUGUACAGAAAGACACCGAUGCCAAACCAUCAACAUCUGAGACUUCAAGAGAGGAAACGGUGUUACCGUCAGCAGGGAAAAGCCCACGACUCGAGCCUAAACCAGGAGUGGGAGCGGACCCUUGCAAACCUCAGUGUCGCAAAGCAAAGGAUAUCCGGAAAGAGCGCAGAUUACAGAAGGAGCAGAAGAAGCAGCAAGAUGGAGGAAGCAUUUCGACAAACCCUAAGCCUGCUACAGGAACGCCAGCGUCAGGUCAACCCAAACCACUAGAAGAAUUCAUUACCGACUCGCUGCCUGACGACCCUCUUCAUCGUUUAGAGGUGAGGCUAGUGCGCUCCAUGCCACCCAGUCCACAGUUCAAAGCUUCUUUCGACGCCUCUUACCAAGUGUACAAACUCUACCAGACGGGUAUUCACCACGACCCACCUGAUAAGCCUAGUGAGAGCCAGGUGAGGCUAGUGCCGGUCAGGUUUGAGGACCCUGACUUCUUGUCAUCGUACAAGCAGUCAGUGGAGCUGUUUGCCCGUUACCAGAUGGCCAUUCAUGACGACGAUCCACUCGAAUGUGAUGAAAGCCAGUUUAAGAGGUUCCUGUGUGACUCACCACUGGAGGCGGAGACGUCUCUUGAUGGGCCCGAUAUGGGCUACGGCUCUUUCCACCAGCAGUACUGGCUGGACGGACGUAUCGUAGCUGUGGGUGUCAUCGACAUCCUGCCCAACUGCGUCUCCUCGGUCUACCUCUACUACCACCCGGACUUCGCCUUCCUCUCACUCGGCUCCUACUCUGCUCUCAGGGAGAUUGCCUUCACGAGGCAUUUGCAGAAGCAGUCACCCAAGCUUUCCUACUACUACCUGGGAUUUUACAUCCAUUCAUGCCCCAAGAUGCGCUACAAGGGUCAGUACCUGCCUUCAGACCUUCUGUGCCCGGAGACGUACACAUGGGUGCCCAUAGAGAAAUGCGUCCCCCGCCUUGAAACCUCAGCCUACUCCCGUCUCCUUGAAGACGCCCGUGCAGGUGAUGUUCGUGCACUUAAAGAUCUUGGUCGUGUGCUGGUGCUGCACAAGAGGACAGUCAUGCCUUAUGCUGCCUACUCACGAAAAAGGAAAGGCUGCAAUGACGAGAAGGAGGUGGAGCAGUAUGCAAGACUGUUGGGCCAGACGUGUGCCGAGAGAAUCCUCCUCUACCGCUCUUAACUCGUUCUCUUAUUUAGCUCCGCAAGUCUAAUGGUGUUCAUAAUCUACCCUUAGUAUAAUGGUGUUGAUUUGGCCUUUUUAUUCUCUCUUUGUAUUGUCUUAAAGCUUAAAGGAGUCGUAUAGCUCUAAAGCCCCUGUCUAUGUUUUGUUUGAACCCUCGUAAUGUUAUUGAGCACAUUCACAAACUGUAACUGUGUGUAAUCAACCUCACACUAAUAUACAACUCACAAUUUAGAAUCAAUAUAAUUGAUUGAAGACUCCGUGACGUGCUUACCUCUACUUCUGAGGUCCACACCACUAUGAGAGCUACCAAAGACACAAACAAAGCAAACGAAGAAGAAGUGUGUUUGUUUUAACUGCUAGAAUGAACUACCAAAAAAAAUAGAAUGUCUUGUGUGUCACACUGGAGGACUAACAUCAGAAUUAAGGGUGUAAAGGCUCUUGUUAGAUCAUCAGCACAUUCUGGAGCCAUGGAAGUUACACCUUAUCUUCUGUUAUUUAUUUCCAUGCCACUUCAAACACACAAAUAAAAUCAUUUAUGCUCA